GUCAAUUGUCUGUACCUUUAUUUGUCGUGUGUUCCCUCUUUUUUUAAUAGUUCGCCCCCGGCGUUCUUGAGUAGCGUGUCUUUUAAGUGCGCAUUUAAUUCUCGUGUGUCUUUCUCCGGCGCCUGCUUUCGUUCCUUUGAAUUUCCCGCGGAUUGGCUUUUUCAGCAAAACGCUUUGCGCCACGCGACAGUUUAUAGAUUUCGCCUUAGCCAACCCUAAUUACUCCCAGAAACCCUCGGAUCCUUCCUCUCCACCCAUAUACACACAAUUCAUUCAUUAUGGGUUCCGCGCCGAUAGACGGCAGCGGUAACGUUGCCGUCGACUCUGAGAGGUUGAGCAAUGAGAAGGGGUCCUCGCCCGCGGCCGCGGGCCACCAUGACGAAGUGCAGUGUCCUCCGCAUACGACGGAGAGGAAGCUGCUCAUGAAGAUCGACUCCAGAGUCAUCCCCUGGCUGUGCAUCAUGUACCUCCUGGCCUUUCUGGACAGGGUCAACAUCGCCAACGCCAAUGUCUUUGGCCUCUCGGACGAGCUACACCUGGACGGAACGCUGUACAACAAUGCGCUCGUCGUCUUUUUCGUGCCGUAUAUCCUGUUCGAGAUCCCCAGCAACAUCCUGGUCAAGCGCUUCCGGCCGCACGUCUGGCUGUCGAUCAACAUGGGGGGCUUCGGGCUGGUGACGCUGGCCCAGGGCUUCGUCACAAGCUACGGCGGCCUCGUGACGACGCGCUUCUUCCUCGGCGUCUUCGAGUCAGUCAUGUUUCCGGCCUCCUUCUAUCUCAUCGGCAUGUGGUACAAGCGCAGCGAGGCCCAGAAGCGCUAUUCCUUCUUCUUCAGCAGCACCACCCUGGCCGGCGCUUUUGGAGGCCUGAUCGCCGCCGGUAUCGGUAAGAUGGCGGGCGCGCGAGGCUACGCCGGCUGGCGCUGGAUCUUCAUCAUCGAGGGCGCCCUGACCGUCUUUGUCAGCUUUUUCUUCUACUUCCUCCUCCCGGACUUUCCAGAGGAGGCAAAGUGGCUCACCGAGGAGGAGCGCCAGUUCGUCACCGCCCGCCUGCGCGUCGACCAGGGCAACUCAGCCGUUGAGAAGAAGAUCACGCUGCGCGAUGUCGGGCGAGUGUUCAAGGACUACAAAGUCAUUGUCGCAGGUUUCAUGUACUUUGGCCUCAUUGUGCCGGCUUAUGGUUACGCAUACUUUGCUCCAUCCAUCAUUGCUUCAUAUGGCUACAGCCCAAUCCAAACUCAGCUCCACAGCGUCCCGCCCUGGGUGGCUGCUUUCGGAAUGUCGAUGCUCUUCGCCGUCGCGUCGGACCGCAUGCGCCACCGAUGGGGCUUCGCCGUCUUUGCGAUCCUCGUUGCCAUCGCCGGCUUCAGCAUCCUCCUCGGCGUGCACAACAACACGGACGUGCAGUACGCCGGCCUCUUCCUGAUCGCCAUGGGCGCCUACACCGCCAUGCCCAUCAUCGUCUGCUGGUUCAACAUGAACCUGGGCGGCCACCACCGGCGAGCAGUCGGGUCCGCGUGGCAGGUUGGUUUCGGAAACAUUGGCGGCAUCAUCGCCGUCUACGCAUUCCUCAAGCGCGACGCCCCGCUCUACAUCCCGGGCUACAGCAUCUGCAUUGCUUUUACGACGCUGAGCAUUAUCGCCUGCACAAUCUACGGCUUUGCGUGCAUGUCUGCCAAUAAAAAGAGGGCCAGGCUCACGCAGUCUGGCACUGUGGAGGAGAAUUCCGAUCUUGGAGACUUGUCGCCUUCGUACAGGUAUCUUUUAUAAUACAUCAGGGGGGAAUCGAUGCACUUGGCCUGCUGCAUAAUGGCUUCUCUUUGUUCUCGUUGCGAUAUAUGACAGCCCAAUCAGAAGUAUAAUUCUUUGUUCGACACAGCGUCGCUCUCGCUGUUUUUGAAUCACUCUUUGCUACAACAGUACGCUCAGGAACUCGUCACGUUGACCAGUGGAAAGUUUAUCCCCUUGUCGGCGGCUCCAGUGUUCCCCAGCCCCGCGCAGCUGUACAACCCGACGGCGUUGCCAGGGGUGGCUCGCAUGUAUUGUAGGUCGAGGCAAUGCUCUGCUUGUCGCAUAACACCCUCCCAGCUUCCGGUCAGCUUGUGUAUGUGAUGGUCGCGCAAGGUAACAGGUGGUUAGAGGGUAGUCGUCCACUUACGCGGUUGCGGCGACAGCUCAAGGGCAAUGCGCCCGUCCGCCAUGGCGUUCCACUUCUGACCAUCGACGGCGUCGGAGCAGUUUGCUAGGUUGAUGUUGGCCAUAUUUCUCCAGGUUGCUGAUUUCCCAAAUUAGAUGCCUAUCAGCUUUGAACGCCUCAUAUGUAUGUUUCGCAGCCGGGAAGCACCAAGUAAGACUCACCCUUCAGCCCGGCAUCCAUGCACCACGUGGUGUCGACCAGCUGGAUCUUGGUCUUUCCCGCUUUGAUGUACCACUGUUGUUCGGGGUUGCCAUUGAGUUGUUGGCUGUUUGUCUCGUUUAGUCCCAUAUUGGUCAGUAAAAAAGAAGAAGAAAAAAUAGAUAGGAAAACAAGUAGAAUAGGACAAAAAGACUCACACAACCAAGGUACUCCCGACCGAGGCCGCCUUAGGUUGAACCACAAACUUGGUAUUGACGUUUGACGUUAUGUAGAC